UACACAAUGGCAGCUGGCAAGGCUGGCAAGGCUUCUGGCAAAGUGAAGCUCAAGGCGGUGUCGCGUUCCGCCCGAGCGGGAUUGCAAUUCCCUGUCGGGCGCAUACAUCGCCAUUUGAAAACCCGAACGACAAGCCACGGACGCGUUGGUGCUACCGCUGCCGUAUACUCGGCCGCCAUCCUGGAAUACCUCACGGCCGAGGUACUAGAGCUGGCUGGUAACGCUUCGAAAGAUCUCAAAGUGAAGCGUAUUACGCCGAGACAUCUGCAGUUGGCUAUUCGUGGUGACGAAGAACUGGAUGGGUUGAUUAAGGCGACGAUUGCCGGCGGUGGUGUUAUUCCGCAUAUCCAUAAAUCACUGAUCGGCAAGAAGGGUGUACCCGAGUAA